UGCUGCUGAAGUUUUCAAGAUGUCGCUAGAGCAGAGACUCUCACGAAUCGAGGAGAAACUCAAGCAGGAAAAUAAAGAAGCCCGCAAACGCAUCGACCUGAACAUCGACAUGAGCCCGCAGCGGUCGCGUCCGAGGCCAAUCAUCGUGAUCCAGCUCAGUCCAGCUCCUGCCCCCUCCCAGCGCGCAGCUCUGCAGUUACCGCUAGCCAACGAUGGAGGAAGUCGCUCAUCCUCUUCUGAAAGCUCACCUCAACACCCCUCAUACCCUAGCAGAUCCCGACAAAUGCUUAAGCUUCCCACCUCACCUUAUAGCCAACCGAAGAGCCUGGAGAAUGCUGAAAUCGAUCAGAAGCUGCAGGAAAUAAUGAAACAAACCGGUUACCUGAAGAUUGACGGACAGCGUUAUCCCGCAGAGGUGACAGAUCUGAUCAGCGAGGGAGAGAUCGGCAGUGGAACAUGUGGACAGGUGUUUAAAGUUCGCUUUAAGAAGACUUGCCAUGUCAUCGCUGUCAAGCAAAUGAGGAGGACAGGUAAUAAAGACGAAAACAAGAGAAUCCUUAUGGAUCUGGAUGUGGUGUUAAAGAGUCACGACUGUCCAUACAUCAUCCAAUGCUAUGGUGCUAUAGUCACCAAUACGGAUGUGUUCAUUGCCAUGGAACUAAUGGGGACAUGUGCAGAGAAGCUGAAGAAGAGGAUCCAGGGGCCCAUACCUGAGCCUAUUCUGGGAAAGAUGACCGUGGCGAUUGUGAAGGCUCUGCUGUACCUAAAGGAGAAGCACGGUGUGAUCCACAGAGAUGUAAAGCCAUCAAAUAUCCUGUUGGAUGCCAAAGGGCAGAUCAAACUGUGUGAUUUUGGCAUCAGUGGCCGACUGGUGGAUUCUAAGGCUAAGACUCGAAGUGCUGGCUGUGCUGCUUACAUGGCGCCUGAGAGAAUAGACCCUCCAGAUCCCAGUAAACCAGACUAUGACAUCAGAGCUGACGUUUGGAGUCUUGGUAUCUCUCUGGUGGAGUUAGCCACGGGACAGUUUCCUUACAAGAACUGCAAGACGGACUUUGAGGUUCUCACCAAAGUUCUGCAAGAGGACCCGCCGAUCCUUCCUCUCAGCAUGGGCUUUUCCACUGACUUCCAGUCCUUCGUCAAAGACUGCCUCACAAAGGAUCAUAGAAAAAGGCCAAAAUACCACAAGCUGCUUGAACACAGUUUUAUCCGACGUUAUGAGGUGUCAGAGGUUGACGUGGCGGGUUGGUUUCAGAGGUUGAUGGAGCGCACUGAAUCUCCACGCAGCAGCCAGUGCUUCAACCAUCACCAGCUCCACCAUUCUCUCUUCAACAGGUAGCCAGACGGAGAGAAAAAGAGACACGGAGGGAGAGAAAGAGACAGAAUGAUGUGAUGUUGAUUUAGAGACGGGCAGAUAAAAUGUACAUUUGAACGGAUGCGAGGAGUGGAUAAGGACAGAUUGUGAAAGAGAGAAUGUAAAUAUGGGAGUUUGACAGAUUGACAGACAAUCCUGAGCAGGUUCGAUGUACAGUAAAUUUGAAAUAUUUAUGUCCUCAUCCACCCAUCAAACAGGUUGGACCAUCAUGCUUUCGUUGGGGGCCGUUCGGACCGAAUACUGAAAAAACAGCAGGGCUUGACGCAAUGGUCAAAAACGUCCAUCUAGCGCAUGUUUAAGUUUGAAUGGCCCCUUACACACUCACUGUGACAUACAUGCACACACACAUUUACAAUAACACACUGUUUCACAUAACCUACAAGCAUUUACCGCUAUAAAAUGUUUAGCCACAAGUAUAUAUGUAUUCCUCGCUGCACGCAGUGGGAUCUACAAAAUGCUGCACUGGGAACUUCACUUCUGAUUCCGCUCAGUCCAUUCAGUUCAAAAUCAGCACGUCUUGAAGUCCUCCAUAUAGCCCCUUACUCAGGGACUGAACAGAGUAGUCAAACAACACUGUGCAAUGAUGUGCGUGAGUGUGUGUGUUUUCCGUUUAUCAGUCUUCGCGUUCAGUGUGUGGCAAGUCUUCACUUUCCUGUAAAGUUUGAGAACAAUUGUUCACAGCCAUUCAGUAAAUCUAAUAGAAACUAGGGAGCGAUUUUAUGAUGUAUGUUUUAUAGAAAUGUUCUUUUCUGAGCUUGCAAGCAUCAUCAGUUAUUUCAGUAAUUGUUACAUAUAUUUAAAGAAUUAGUGAUUCUUAGUAGUAGAACUUUUAAUCCUUGAAGCUCAGAUUGUUAUAAUUAGUUUGGUCUGGAAUUUCAUGUAUGAAAAUAGAUAUAUUGGUGAAGGGAGAAAUUUUGUAUUUAAAAAAAAAAAAACGAGUGGUUGACCGAUUCUAAUACUGAUAUCUAGAGAGCAUGGUGGCAUAUGGAUAAUUAUGAUGAAAUGGCUGUCGGCAUAUUUUGGACCUAGGCGAAAUGACAACUUGACAAAAUGGCCAAAUAAUAGGCGAUUAAUAGGUCUGGCCAAUAUAUCGGUCUAUCACUAAAUAAAACACACAAAAAAUUGGUACAGAUUGUGUAAAGUUGUGCACAGUGCACACCUCAGGUCGAUGAGUGUUAGAGAUAUGGCGAGAGUUUAACAGAAUUCAGUUCUGUUUCGGUCUUAAGAGUGUCUGAGGAAGAAACGGCAAUUGGCCACCAGAAGAAAAGAUGAGAGAUGUUGUCAUAGGCACUCCGAACACUUUUAUGUUUUUUGUCUUGUGUUGAGAGACAAGCGGGGAAGUUUUUGGAGUAAUCAGAGGGAGAAAGCAGGUUAUUUUAGUGUUGCCUCCAUUUCAUUCUCAUGGACCGUUCUCUUUUCCCAUCAACAUUUGAGUUCCUUCAAACAGGGUUCAAACCUCAAACCAAAGCUUUUUUUUUUUUUUUUUAAACACUUUUUGACACAGGAGCACUGCUUUGUUUUUCUGCCAAGCUGUUGUUCUCAGUGGAUUUCAGCACUUGUUCGUUGGUCGCGCUGAAGAUGUUCAGUGACUUUCACAACCAAAGCUGUAGAGUUUGAGAUUCACUGCUUUAAAAAGCCAAAUCACCACUAGAGUGACAAGAGAGAAAAAUGCACAAAUGGGCUUGGAGAGAAUCGGAGGGUAAUUGUAUGUUGAGGCAGGAAGGGACUAUGGUGUUUAAAAUUUUUUUUAAAAAAGACUGUGCAAAGACUAUUGAACGUGGCAGAGGAAAUAACAGACAAUGAUAGGUGGAAUAUGGAAAGUAUGAAAGAUAGACUGCAUUUAAGUCUUAUAAAAGUAAUGGCUUUCUUUUUGAGAUUGUUUUGUGUGUAGGUCUGGUGAGGUUUUAGGGUUGAGCUGGAAGGUGUUGGUUAUUUCAUAGAUGUUGUGAGCUGGCAGGACAUUAUAUAAAAGCUUUGAAUUGUAUUGAACCAAUGUACCAGUUCUUGGUACAUUUGUUUGUUAAUUAGUUUGUGUUGUUUUGCAUCUUACCCUUUUGUUAUCCUUGAAACUUUUUUGUAUUAUCUGCUAUUAUUAUUAUUUAUUUAUUACCUUACUGCUGCUACUGAUUACUUUAGAUGCUGCUGUCAAUGAUUUUAUUCCCAAAGGAAAAGUUUUUUUCUAAACCAAAUGCAUAAAACAGUGUAAUGUCUAUACAUUUACCAAAUACGAGAAUGAUUACUGGUGGAGCGUUGGAGGAGCUCAUGAUGUAAUCCAUUAAGAGGAAAAGAGAGAAAGCAAGAAAGUGUAGUCAUUUGAGAAUAUCUAUAUCUUAAUGGUUUGCUUUUAAAACUAAACCACUAUGCUGAUUCAGACAAACGUCACCGCUCACUAUGGGCAACUAAUAAUGACAACAAAAUUAUAGACAUCAGCUGGUAAUAUUUAUAUAUAUUUGAGGUAGAUUUUCCAUAUUACACUAUUAAAUGUCGAUCAUGCGGGUAGAUAUUUUUGUAAUUGUCUUCCUGUGAUCAUCCUGAGGUGGAUGGAGUCAUGUUUUUAAAAUCCGACCACUUUAGUCAUCCAUUAAUAAGUUUGAAUAUAUUCCCCAUAUUAAAUAACUUGAUUAUAAACAGGGCCACACUGAAACUCUGUCCGCAGACUUUCACAGAAAUCUGCAGAACGGUGAUCAUUCACAAAGUUUUACGUAUUUCCCACCCAUUCGUGUGCAUUUAUUAAAUAUGUAAUAUCAAUUUGAUUAGCUUUCAGCUACCAGUACUUCCAUUUGCAGUACAAAGCUCAAUUAAACACAUUUUAUAAUGUUUAAAGGUGCACUUAUUUUUUUUAAAUACACUUUGACUUGACACCUAGUGGCUUGGAUGCAGCAUCAUUCAAACACAGUAGUUUUCAGUUUCAGAUGCCAUUGUAGACAUUCACCUUUCAUAGAUUAAUCCAUGAGUGGAAGUGUCAAAUAACAGGGCUGUUGCUGAGAUUAACAUGUAACAAUAACAUGAGGGGAUCCUUUCCAUGUAGAAUAAAACCGCUUUUAUAAGGUAACAGAUAUGACUGAGUCUUCAUCUCAUGUGAGUGCUCAUGAUUUUAUAAACAUGUGUUUCAAAAUUACUAUUAAUUUCUUUGAAAUGACUGAGUUCACCUUUAAAUGCAUGGUACGCUCACAUCAUGUCAUAUUUAUUACCGUAAUUAUGAGAUACUUGCAAAAAGCCGUUCACGUCUUCAUAGAACUAUAGAAUUCUAUAAAAGCUCAGACUUCACAAUGAAUUACUGUAAAAAGAACCAAAAUUGCAGCGGCAUCAACAGUUUCAUAUUUUUUUCAACAAACAUAUUUCAGUUUCAUAUGCCAUUUUAUUAUUGGCCGUGUUACCUGGAGAGCUUUCUUUAUUCUUUAACAUUUUGCAAGAACAUAAAGAGGUGCAUUAAUGAAUUAAUAGUGAUUACAUAUUUUGCUGUCAUUAAAAACAAAACCAUACAAUGAUCCUUUUUGGUGUUAUGAGCGUUGCCGUAGAAACAAACAUUUUCAGUCAUAGAUCAUGAACUGCAGCAAGUAACAUUUUCAUACCGUCUUCUCAUAAUUACAGUAAUUCUGACCGGUUGUGAAAGCAACCUCAUUCUGCAGAAUUAUGCAAAUUUUCCUCCAAAAUCAGCACAGAAAAUGUGAAAAAUAUGCAGAUUCUGUCUAAUUCUGAAUCAAAUGAAUCUGAAGGAAUCAGAAACCGUAUGAAACACUUGUUCCGUUUUUCCAACACUACAUUAGUAACAGUGCUGUUGCUAUUUACCUCCCAGUAGUUUCUUCACUCCACAAAUAUUUUUUCACAAGCCAAAUAGAGCCUAUAACUGAACUUGCCAUCAACAUAACAUUGAUUUCCUGUUAACUCAUAACAUGCUGUUGAAAUUCAUCUCUGGUUCCUGCCUGUCUGUCCGUCCGUCAUUCUCUCAGUAGACCUCAUAGAUAUAACUGCAGCAUUACACACCAAAGGUGUCAUCAAUAAAACAAAUUCAAACCAGUGACGUUUUUAUUAUUGAUAUUGAUGUUAUAUUAGCUGAUGCUGGAUUGUUCUUAGCUGAGGAGGACCUCAAGUGAGGCAGGGAAUAUGCAGCUUCAUGUAUGUAAAUGUCUGUGAGAGAGUGAUCGGUGAGGUGCUGGUGUUCAACAGUCCAAUGCCAUUCUGAUUCUAUCCCUCCUCCACACACUUUAAUAUAGCUCUUCAUUUCAGAUUUGGACACGGCACCUUAGUGGUCUGUUAUCGGCAGUUCCUCACCCUUCACUGUUGUAUUGCUGACCCACACACACACACCUAUGGAAAUAUGGCUUGAGAUCCUUAUUUUCUUGGUUUAUGCUUGUUUUAAUGUGUACUUCUAUUCACUGUUUUCUGGCACUACUGUAUUUUAAUUUAUCUUUAUUUUGUAAUGAUUCUUAUGUUUUACUAUUAUAAGCAUCACUCCUGUGGGUGUGUGUGGCAGCAUCACUGAUAUUUUUGGAGUGUUAGCUUAGGCGUGUACAUUGCAUCAUGGAAAAUUGGGUCUUUGUUAAAUAUAAGAAUUGCUGUUGUUAUUAUUUAAGUUAUCUUAAGGAUGGCCCACCUGUAAUUAAACCAAAUACUCACUAUGCAGUCACUCAAAUCAAGUCAAUUUGCUUUUUCCGUUAACUUCUGUAUAUACACAACUACUGGAGCCACAGGGAAUUUUAAAGGAAUAUUCCAGGUUCAAUAUAAAUUAAGCUCAAUCGACAGCAUUUGUUGCCAAAUAUUGAUUCCCACAAAAAAAAUAUUUUGACUCGCCCAUCCAUUUCUUAAAAAAAAAAAAUAAAUACAAAUCGAGGUUACAGUGAGGCACUUACAAUGGAAGUUUAAUGUGUUGUUUAAUUUAUAUUGAACCUGGAAUAUUCCUUUUAAGUCUUGUUGUAUCUCUUUUUCUCCAAGACAAGUGAGUGAAUAUCAUGUCCUCAGUUAGUGCGAGAGAGAAUUUUUGAUCAAUAGUGUGAGAAGUGUUUUCUUUUUAUUUUGACAAUGACAUAUUUAAGGAUUGUAUUGGGGUAGGGGAAGGGUGGGUUGGGGGUGUGUUUGGGGUCAGAUGGGGUUGGUUGUUUCGGGAUUACUUUGUCCAGUGCUGUAAGUAUAUCAAUUGCAUGUUAUUAUCUCUGAAGUAACUGCUGUUGAUUUUACACAUCGUUUUGGGUUGGAGGGAGGGGGUAAGGGAGACAUAAAAGUUGUAUCUUUAUUUAUGAUUUUUACAAGCAUAUAUAAUUUAUAUAUAUUCUGUUUUUUUUUUCUUCCAAAAAAUAUUAAUUGUGUUAGAAAAAGACACACUUUUGCCAUUUUAUAUCUCCUGACAUUGUUUUGAUCUGCAUAUGCAGAAUUUUUACUUUUAUUAUUAUUUGCUGAUUUCAUGCUGUUAAUAAUGUUGUCAUUUAUAUUGAUUCAUGAACUUUUUGUUUGUUUUUCAUCCAUGUUGUAUUUGCGUUUGGUUGAUCUACAAAAGAGUGCUACUAGAGGCAUAGUGUCUUCAGCUGUUAGAAAAAAGUCUGUAAUUUUGUAUUAGUUUUGGUACUUUUUGUUUUCAAUUUUACAUUUUUGAUAACCAUUUUGCUUAUUAUUGUAAUGAUUUCUAUCAUAUUCAGGGUGAAAAUCACACCAAAUUAAGAGAAAUGCUCCUUGAGAAAAGAGUUAUAUUUCAAGGUGUUUCACAAGUGUUUCUUGGGAAUGUUGCGUCAAAGGUGUGUCUUUUUCUGUUGAAGCCAAGCAAUCCCUUUUCACCCUCUGAUGUAUUUUUAUUAUUAUUUUAUUUUUGCUGAAUGGUUAAUGUCUCUUUGUGGAAAUCUCUAUUCGUAGCUGCUGUUGCACUGGAGGGUUUUUUAUAUUAUUUUUUGAUGUGAUGGAAUUUAGAAUCGUUUAGUUCACAAAAGUGUUUAAAUCUGCUUAUUUUCUCUUUGAUGAAGCAAUUGAGAUGCUGUCAAAAGCAAUGGUUGUCAAUAACUUGUGUGCUCCAUUAUUGUUUUCUGGCAUAUGGAUUUACAAAUGUUAUAAAAUAUAGACAUUAUGAUGCAACAUUUUGCUCUCUUUUGGGGAUUAGUUUGAUUUAAAGUAAGAUUUUUGGUGUGAAAUGUAAAAAAAAGUGCAGUAAGCGAUUUUAUUUUUUCCCCAUAGAAAGAUAUGCAAAACAAUUUUCUUCUCCCUGAAAGAUAUCACUGAAAUAAGUGUCCUGAGAUAUCUCAUCUGUCUCUAUGAAAUCACUAGACAUUGUAAACGGCAAACUAAAAUGUGUCUCUGACGCUUUCUGCCUGUCAAUCAUUUUGAGCGUUCGAAUAGUGCUGUUGUUGCAGCGAGUUGUUGAGGCUUAAUGCUAUAUUCGGAUUCAUAAUUUAUCAGUUGAAGGGCGCUAUUUCGCUACUGUUGUGUUUGACCACCGAACAUGCUUUGUGUUUUCAACUGUAUCUGUGCGGUGUUUUGGACAGAGGGGCGUGGCUAAAUCAACGGCUCAGUCUCGUUGAAGUUAGAACGGCUAAAAUCGUUUACAGCACCUUUAAAUACUACCGCUAAGAACGAAUAUAACUUGGCUUGUCUUUGCUGUUUUUUUUAUUAUUUAUUUCUUUUCUGGGUACCAUCUUAAUUUUAGCCUGGAACAAAAGCAUCCCCCAUUGUUGUGUUGUAUUGUAUUGAGACACAGCAACACAGUUUUCUCAUUGUUUUAAUGUUUUUCCCCCUUCCCCACUUUUCUUAUCUAAUUAUUUCAAAUGAAAGAAAUGCCAUUAUAUUGUGAAUACCUCAGGAUUUUUUUUUUUUUUUUUGACAAAAAAUUAAAAACUUUUAAAAACCUAAAACAAAUAUAAUUUUGUGUGUG